CUGAUCGCAAAUUACACCACAGUCAUGCCCACAAACGCUCACGUAAAUGACACCGGGACAACCUGUCUCCUAGAGUAAUAUACAGACAGGACAUCUUUCAAACUCACUUUUUCUAAUUAGAUACCACAAUGUUGCCUUUCAAGAGAACUUUUGAGAGCGAGAAACACCAGCUGCAGGAGCUCAACAGCAGACUUGGGCAGUAUCUUUCCAGAACGAAGCAGCUGGAGCAGGAAAAUACGCAUCUUAUUACUGAAAUAAAUAAACUCAGACAAGCAAAGACCGCGGAAUGGGAGCCGAAUUGCAAGGGCGAGAUGCGGGAUCUGAGGAGAAUGGUGGGGCAGCUGUCGUUUGAAAAGUCCCAGGCUGAGAUGGAGAGGGAGAAGCUAUGGCGGGAGUUGCAGAUGGUCCAGUCUCUGUGCAGCGAGCAGACUGGUGUGUGCAGGGACAUCAGUGGCGAGCUGAAAGGGUGCGAGAAGGAGCUUUAUCACGCUCACAAGUCCAACGGUGAACUCCAGCAGCGUUUAUUUCAACUAGAAAACGAGUGUAAAUGCUUGGAUGAUGCGCACAGACAAGAAAAGGACCAUCUCCGGCGUCAGGUGGACUCUCGGAUGGUACCAAUCAUCACGCAUACCUAUCGCGGGCCUCCAUCGGCCACCAUGGAAGAGGUGCAAGAGUAUGCCCGAGGUCUGUCCGAGGGAUGGCUUGAGACCUUUGAUAUGUACCAGCUGAAGGUGGAGGAGAUGGAGCAGUCCAUUAAAGCGGACCAGGCGAGGCUGAGUGACAUGCAGAGGGAGAAGAUGAUGUAUGCCUCAGAGUUCAACAAAUUACGCACAGAGGCGGAAAAACAAGGGCACAUUCAAUUCCGUCUCGAAGAACAACUGACGCACAUGCAGGAGAAAUUCCGGGUGGACUUCAGUGAAUAUCAGAUGAUUAUUGAGCAGCUGGAGCAUGAGAGGAACAUGAUGGCUGACACUAUUGCAGAAAAGAUGCGAGAGCAUCAGCAGCUUCUCCAGGUUAAGAUGGACCUGGGCAUGGAGGUGGCUGCCUACAGGGCUCUGCUGGAAGGUGAGAGAGUGGAUCUGCAAGAUGCUCAUAGGAGGGUGACUCAACAUCAAACAGAAAGAAUAAUAGAUAUAAGGAUGCCUUCCCAGCCCUACACUCCAAGAACGUCCACCUUAACCACCAGACAACAGAUGAAUACCAGGUACACGCCGCCGACUUCAAACCUCAGAAGAUCCCCUGUGCCUCCCUUUGGGUCCACCAGUCCCUCUAGGGUCAUUCCAAUUUCAGUUGCAGCUAGAGCUCGCCAUCAGAGUCCUCAUUCCAGGAGGGACAUGAUCUCAUUCACCAAAGCUCGCACUGCCGCCUCUGCUCCUGCUACCACCAACGCCGCUGUUGCCAAAGAUAAACCAACAGGCCAGAGUGAAUACCAAAAAGGGCAACAUGUACAAAAAACAGCAGCCGAGGAGAAAAUUGUGAAAGUCAAACUGGGCUCUCCUGUAGAAAACAAAGUCAGUCCCAACAAGUCCUCCACUACUGAGACCAGAUCAGUGAGAGUGGUGUCACCGCCAAUGAUGAGCAUGAAAUCUGAGACAGAAAGCAAAACGCAAGUGUCAGAUGAGAAAGAGAGAGAUCAUUUUUAUGGAGGGGAGUUCAGAGAUGAAGGGAAAGCAGCGUCUACCAUGGUCCCAAGUGAGAAAAAGAUAUUAAAUUCUGUGUAUGUCGAGGAGAUUAUCGAAAAAGCGAUGAGACCAGUAGGUUUGGAAGAUGAGACAUGGUCCUCUGGAGAAUCGAAAAUAAGGUAUCAUGUGGAGAAAACUGAGCAAGACGAUGGAACGACUAAGACACAGAUUGUGUUGGAGUCCAAAGUGGAGGAAGAACUAGAUUUGUCUGAGGACUCUGCACUGAAUGAAUUACUGAGCCAAGGGGUUAUGAAGGUGUCACUGGAAGAUAUCAAGGACACAGCAACAGGAAACAUGAUCAAGAACCUGCUAAGUGGCCUGCAGGGAACGGACUUGGAAAAUAAGUCUGUCCAUGUGGAAAUCAUUGAGGAACCGGUGGAGUCUUACAGUGAUGAGGAGCUUGAGGUUGAGUCCAGAUCUCGUUUUUAUGAGCCCUCCUCACCAUAUUUUCAAAUUGAGGAGCUAGAAAAUGUCCCUCAUGGCGCUCAAGUUCAGAGGAGUGAAGGUGAUGCGAUGACAGAUCAUUUCAAGGGUGGAUCUGUACAAGUUCAAGACUUUACUAGAGAGAGUGAAUCUUCAUAUUUCUCCCAUGAACAAGAGCCAGACGAGUACUUUGUCUCUACACCAGAUGACAAUCUUUCUGAAACCGAGGACGGUGGUGGCAUCACCUCAUAUGGCCAUUAUGGUAUCGUAGAUGACCUGUCAGAUGAGAGGUAUUAUCAAGAUGAAGGUCUUCUCUCCAAAAGAGUGAUCGUAAAGGAAAGUGACGAAUACCAGUUCAUGCCAGGCGGUCACUCGUUUGUCAAGGAGAGUUUCCCAGAGUGCAUCAUUGAAGAAGAGGUUCGCGUCUCCCCUGUAGUCCAGGAGUCAAUGCUCGAGUUCCUGAGAGAGGACUCUUUGGAGCCCAGAGAGCAGCUGAAAGGAGCUCUAGAGAAGCUACAAAGCUCAGUGUCGGGUCCACUGAGGGAGGAGUUGGCUUUCCUCACAAAAGCGAGUAGUGAAGGUUCACAGAAUGUGGCGGUCAAAAAAGUACAACAGUCAAGUGACAACGGCAACAUGACUAUAGUUGCAGAGCUGAACGUCUCUCAAAGUCUGGAAGACUCUGGACUGCUGGAGGCAGAAGAUGAUCCAUCUGAAGAGCAGAUCAUGGCAGCUCUUAGAUCUUCUAACCUAGGGCUUGAGAAGGGUGGAGCAGGAGUGGGAUACAGCUUCAGAGUCUCCAGAGAAGAGGAUGUAGCGACUGGUGAAGAGUUUGAAGGCUUCACUAACAAAGGAGGGUCUGCGUCUGAAGUCACCGAGAAACACAUAAAACUGGGGCCAUCAGAAAAGUCCUUCACCUUCCAGAUGGGCGUCCAGGGCAGCCGUGCUGAGGCGACCUCAGAGCAAGAGCUGCAAUCUCACAUCUUGGAGACCCCGGUGAAGAUUUCUCAUGAGAAAAGAGUUGCAACAGUUUACCUUGAAAGCCCGACAGAUGAUUAAGAAAGAAUUUGGUCGUACAUUUUCAAACUAAAUGCAUGCCAAUGUCACUUAUUGAAGUGCACAUUGCAGAGGUUGUCCACACACAUUAAUGCUGUUUGCAGACACUAUAAUAAUGCUGUAAGCUUUGCAGUAAAACAUUUAUCACAUUGAUUUUGGUGUGCUCUUUUACUGAUUCAAGCUAAAUUCAGUUACAAUGACCAGAUUAACACAGUUUGAUUGUGGCAAUACUAUUAAAAAUACUGAUAACGGCUAACUAAAAUGGGCUGAUUUAAGUUAGGAUUGUAACAUCUACAUAUUGUAGCAAUUGGUGGUCAAUACUGAUGGAGUGCUGCGUUGCUGUGCGUUACAUUUUUAAAGAUGUUCAUUUAUUCUCUCUAGAUUUCUCUAUUUUUGUACUAACCUUUGCUGUCUAUCUUAAACAGUCCGUUCUGCAGUUUACAACAACCCAUCACAUCAUGUGUCGGCCAUGUUGUUGAAUCUACUGCAAGCCAACAUAUGAGUUAUGAGGUGCUGUGAACAGUUUGCAGAUUUGGUCUUUAAUUCUUUUUUUGACUUGGGCACUGCUGCCAAAUGGAAUGCUUUUUAGUAUGCACUGCAUCCUGAAACACAGUAGUUUAUUUGAAGCAGUAGUCAGUGAUGUGUACAGAAUAUAGUGAAGCUUGUAGUUGAGGACAAUAUAGAAGAAAAAAAAAAGAUAUAGGAAAAAAAAAUGGUAAUUUGUCUUAAGAAACGUUGCACGUUUUGAAAGCUGAAAUCAAAGUGUAGUGCAAGUAAAUGUGACACUUAAGUGAUUGUUAAGGUGACUUACAAAGUCACUUAUUUUCAGAUAAUUUAACUUUACAUUACACAUUUUAAUUAAUAAAAAAUUACCCAGGAUACAACAAUGUGGAAUGUUUGUAAAAUGUGCUUCUUUACAUAAAAAGCAAACAUUUUAAUCUAUUAUAUAAUAUACUUAUAUAUACUAUAUACUAAUUAUACCAUUUAAAAGCACCAACAAAAGGGUUUUCAAUUUGAAGAGCAUAUAGUAAAAACAAUAAGAAGCAGUAGAAAAAUCAUAAUGAAUUCAUUGAUAGUGUUGUUAAAGAAAUAAUAAUCACAUCUGAUUUGGAUGCGUCUUGUCUGGACGCCUUUCCGCUUGUAGAUAUUACUUGAGUGUAAAGCAAUGUUUAGCGUGAAUGCCAUGCUUUUAUAAAUAUGUUCAUUUUCAUUGUUAGAAAUCUACUAAAUGAAACCUCAACUAAAAAGACUUGUUGCAUUUAAGUGCCCAGAUACAGCAUAUUUCCAUACAUUCUCCGAGCAGUCAUUUAAAUUGAAAAAACUGUUACAUCAGUGCACUUAAAAUGUGGCUAAAUUAGGAAUUUUUGUUACUGUAUAUGUAUGUACAGUGUAAUCUGGACAAAGUGCCAUUUCAUAGCAUUAAAAAUGUGUACAUCAGCAUACAGAAAAUAUAUUGAUGUAUAAAGAAUGUGUAAUGAGUCAAAUGUUCAAUAAGUGUUGGUCACCAUGGAUAGUCAACAUCAUUGCUUUUAUUGACAUAAUGAUUUCUAUUGAACACAUGGCAUUGUUGCUUAUUGGUGAAAAAGGUUCCAGCCCUCAUUUGGAAAUUGAUUAACACAAUUAAAACCUAUUGUGGGUAUGUUUUCUGAGUGAGCAUUUCUUCAACUUAUGUCACCUAAUGUAAAAAAAAAUGUCAUCAAACCAUGUAAUGCCAGUGGACCUGUAUUAUCUAAAACAGCGGUCCCCAACCUGUUUUAUGCCACGGACCGGUUUCAUGUAACACAAUAUGUUGAAUAUAUA